AUGGAUUUAAUGCCACUAGUGGGCCAACUUGAGGAUGAUAUUGAUGAUUUGGAGGAUAUUUUAGAGCCGCUCUUGAAACAGAGCGUAUCUUCAACAACACAGAACAUGACUGUCAUGGACAAGGCGAAGUUUCAUGUUCUCAUCACAUACACUAUUGAGUCUCUUCUUUUCUCAUAUUUACGUUUGCAGGGUGUAAAUGCGAGGGAGCACCCCGUGUUCAAAGAACUAACACGGGUAAAACAAUAUUUUGCAAAAAUAAAAAAUUCAGAAGCUGUACCAGAGAAACCAACGAUGACAAUUGACAAACAGGCAGUUACCAGAUUUAUUAAACACGACUUAGCCGGAAAUAAUAGAAUUGACCUAGAGCGAGCGGAAAGGGAAGCGAAAGAAAGGGCCAUGGCUCAACUUAGAGCAGCCCAGUUAGCUAAAAAGAGAGCUGCUGUUACUGCUAGUUUAGCACCUCCACCAAGUGCUGCCCCCCCCGUUCCCGAAGAUUCCCGUGGCGCUGAAGAACAAGACGAUGAAUCGAACCAAGAUGGUGAUGAUGCAACAAUGGAAGAUAACGCGAAUGAGGGUUUCGAGAAAACAAUUCAAGCAGAUGAAUUCAUAAAACUCAAUGAGGGUAUUGGUGGUGAUGGGAAGAAACGAAGUAAGAAACAAAGGCGCGAUGCGGCAGACGGCCGAAGGCAAAGAUCAUUUAGAGCUGAAAAGAGGCGUAUGAAAAAGUUGAAAAAGCGAGCAGCUGACGACCAAAAAAAUAAAACUAGAUGA